CAGAGCAGACAGAUCAGACAUCAGGACAAGGCAACGACAGCUGCUCGGCCACCAGCUGCCAGGCCAAGACAAAGCAGCCAUCCAAGCAGCCAGCUAGCCAGAAUGAGGCUCACGCUUGCCCUGAUAUGCGCCUGGUUUGCAAUUUAUUGCAGCAGCGGCCGCAUCAGCAACGGCCACGGCAACGUAGUCUUAUCUCUGCCACCAUCGCUUAUCGCCGAUGUGGCGGCCUUGAGGCAACAACAAAAGCAGCAGCAGCAGGAGGAGCGUCAAGAGCACGAGCGCGAGUUGGACGUGGAGCUGACGCCGCCCUUGCGUUGGAAAAAGGAUGCUCGCAUCCUCUUCGACAACUUUGGUGGCAAUGGCCGUGACGACGGCCACUGGACUACUCCACUGCCGUCCAGCCUGAGUGGUAAGGCAUCCCACAACCUGCUGGAUUUGGUACAAACGGUCCAAGGCGACGAUGAUGAUGAUGCUGACGUUGCGGUUGAACCGCAGCCUGCGGAUUUUAAUCGAAAAACGCUGAGCGAUGGAAUGUUCGAUUCAGAGGCGGGGGCAAAGCAAUCAGCGCCGCAGGAAAUUGCGAGUCUACUUCACUUCGACGACAAACCGCAAAAAUACGGGAAGCCUUUCAAAUAUUGGGUCCAACGGUGCCGGGCCGAAGGAACAGCAGAUGGCCAGGAUUGUUCGCAGGAAUAUUAUCAUGACGCGUUGGCGGCCAGAGACACAGCAGCUAGGCUGAGUCGCUUGCAUCGACUGAAUGCCAGCCAGAAAGAGCAGCAGUUCGGAUCAUCUUAUCCCUCAUCGGCCGAUGAUAUUGCAGCCGAUCAAGAAGCCGCCAAUUCUGAGCGAUACACCGAAGCCGACUACGAUGAGGACAUCAACAAUGAGGUCCUCAUGCUACUGCAUGGAGAGCAGGACCUCAUAAAGUUUCUGCAUUGGGCGAUGAAGCUACUCUAUCCCUUCCAGGUGCCAGGCGGCAAUCUGAGCGAGAGUGCGGCCGAUUACUAUCACCCGGGUAUGUUCAUUUGGAAAAAACUCAAGUUGUCGGGACAUCUCGAGCCGCCACUAAUUGUGGAUGAGCCGCGCUACGUAAUUGUUAGACGUGAAAAGUCACAGGACUUGAGCGACGAUCAGCAGUUUGAGGACGAUCCCUUUAUACCGCCACGCGGUCGAAAGCACAACUCGCCCGACUUGGAUGCGCUUCUGCAGCGCUACGAGACUUUUGUCCCCAACCGCGGCAAACGCGACAAAGUCAAAGAUCUGUUCAAGUAUGACGAUCUAUUUUUUCCGAAUCGCGGCAAGAAGAAUCGAGAUUUCUUUAAAGUGGACGACCCGUUCUUUCCCAACCGUGGCAAAAAGUUGAAACUACGUGAUAUUUACAAUCUCGACGAUCCAUUCUUUCCCAAUCGCGGCAAGCGGACGCACGUGCAGCCGCCAGCGGCCAAGUUGGGGCAACAACUUGUUGCUAAUGAAAUCAAUGGUAGUGGAGGUAGCGGCGGUGCUGGCGGCGAGGAAUUGCCACAAAGAAUGUCAACGCAUAAAAUUAAUGGUUACGAUCAAUCAGUCAAGCCAUCAAUGUCAGCCGCAGCAACAUUGGCAGCAACGACAACGGACGAUACUGGUGCUGCUAAUAGAUUACAUUCGACAAGAUCAAUGUCAACAAAUUCACAGCAACAGUUGCUGCUGCAACAGCUGCGGCGGCAACAAGAGGCCGAAGUGCAGCAUCAGCUCAAGAGCAGCAGCAGCAGCAGCCGCAGCAGAAACAGCAUUAAAGCCCCGAAACAAAGGUCAAUCGUCAGUUUUUCGACAACAUUACCUUGUCGGGCAUGUAAUCCCCAGAAACCAGCACGCACACACACAUCAAUCAUGAGCCCCGGCUUAUUAGCAAGCAUUGAACCUUAA